UUGGCAUUAGGACCCGGGAGGGAGGCUGCGGUGGUGGAGGCCUGGCUCCUUCAGCCUCUUUGGAAAGCAAGACCCAGGCGAGGAGGAGAGAGCCAAGUCAGCCGCUGGAGAAGGAGAAAGACCCCCAAGUUGCUCAGCUCCAAUUCAUCUGCCUCUGUAGCUCCGCAGACAAACAUGAGGACUUUUCUGGCCCUUCUCCUCCUCUGCCUGCCAGCAGCACUUCUGGCUCAGGGGCAGUAUGACCUCGAUGACCCCGCCUACCCCGAGCCCCCUUACGCUCCUUACGAAAUUGAAAGUCAAGAUUAUUACGAUUACGCCGGGAACGAUCUCUCCCCCCAAACUCCAGAGGAGCACUUCCAGUCCCAGCAGCAGAACCAGCAGGAGGUCAUUCCAGCCCCAACCCCAGAUGUUUCUGAGACGGAGCCCACCGAACCGGGGCCCCUCGACUGCCAGGAGGAGCAGUACCCCUGCACCAGGCUAUAUUCCAUUUACAAGCCUUGCAAACAGUGUCUGAAUGAGAUCUGCUUCUACAGCCUCCGCAGGGUCUACGUGAUCAAUAAGGAGAUCUGCGUCCGUACGGUCUGCGCUCACGAAGAACUCCUAAGAGCCGACCUCUGUCGCGACAGAUUCUCCAAGUGCGGUAUCAUGGCGACCAGCGGCCUUUGCCAGACUAUGGCCACCUCUUGUGCUCGGAGUUGUGGCGGCUGCUGAGCGGGGAAAGGGGUCGUGGCAGUGGAUGGGAGGUGCUUCUGGACCACGGAUGAUGUCCCUGGUUCGUGCCCAGAGGAAGAGCGGCCCUUCUUGGCCUUCCUCCCCCGCUGCGGCAGUGACACACCUGCAGGGCUGCUCCGGCGUGACACGGCAGGAGUCUCAACAGGGACCCAACCUCAAGAAAUGCUGACCGUCACGCGAGCUACCAGUUGGGUUUUAUUGUCUUGUAAUUGCAAGUUAUAUUUUUUGUACGGACCGUUCUCCCCCCCCCUCCCCCUUUUCUACAAAACGAUUUGAAAAAAUAAAUAGACCAAACGUGUUACAA